CUUCACAUCCCAUCAGCCACCCCUCAACGCCGCCAUCAUGGCCCAAAAAGCUGCCAAAACCCUCGCCGCGCGCAACACCCAAAUCCUCAACCGCACCCUCUCCGUCUCUCUCGCCGUUCACGCCUUCUAUCUGCUCGUGCGCCUCAUCCUGUUCCGCGCCUCCUUCACGCGGAACUCCUUCAUCACCUACCUCCUCCUCUGGCUGCCCGCGGCUUUCAUCCAAUUCCAAUUCGAGCGCAUUGGGCGCCCUACCUACGUCUCUGGAGCAGCCGGGGAACGCAAGGAGCUGAAAAAGAGCGGCGAUGACCUCGAGGCGAAGGGGUUGACGGAGUGGAUGUGGGAUGUGCUCUACUGGACGUAUGGGUGCACUAUCCUGGUGGCCGUAUUGGGGGACUGGGCGUGGUGGUGGUGGGUUGUCAUCCCGCUCUACUCCGGCUGGCUGGCGUAUACGACAUUCAUGGGCGCAAAGGGUGGAAUGGCGGGCAUGACAGACAGUGCGGGUGUUCCCCAGGGAGGGGCUAGCAAAAGGUCACAAAAGCUGGAGAAGAGGGGCGGCCAGAAAAUGCAGUACCGUUAAUGGAUUGCCCCACAUUGGGACGUCAAGGUACUGUACAUAUUAGAGGGAAAGGGCUGCUUCAAUGCAACCUAAGUGUAUAUCAAAAGCGAGUGGAUAGGCGCCCAGCUGGACAAUAGUUGCUGGGUCAUGGGGGACGAAACCUGCGCGGCCUCCACGGGGGAUUGGCCGUACGACGAAUAUAAGAUGUGGGCUUGCUAAUCAAGAUGCGGCUUCCUCGAAUAGCCUUCGCGUUCAGCAGGAGAAUCAAUCGUACAAUACAAGAACCGCAGAACCAAAUGGAUACAAGGCAGUUUCUGCCGAUAUGAUACAAUCCUACAGGAUAUACAACAAUCGCUACCUGCCCGCCAGAAAUGUUCUGGCCCAGACCGUUACUGCUAAUAUGAUACACCACCUAUCCAUCGAC